GCUGCGUUAGUUCUGUUCUCCCUCCUGCGUUAGUUUUCUCUACUGGAGGUCGUGCGUGGCUCGCUGUUCGCGGUUCGUGUGGCUGUCUGAACCGGUAAAGUUCGGUUCGCUAGAGUUGAAAUCCGUCACAACUCGGGCGAACCGAACCCUAACCCUAAUAAAUCCUCAUCACUAAAUUCAUUGAUCGUAAAUUCGUAAUUGCCAAUUUUGCAAUACAGAAAGGACAUGGAGAUUCAUAUGUCGCAGAAUUUGUUCGACAGACGCCCAAUUAUGAAAUCCAAAACUCCAGCUACUAAAUGGGUGAAAGAAUGGGUUCCCCAAGACGUUGUGGCAACCGGAGGGAAAUGCUAUCUUCAAAAAUGGAUUACAGAGGAUGCGUUGAAGGCUUUGAAAGAGAAGACAAAAGAACCGGAGGCACCAGAGCCAGAACCUGAACCAACAACGGAGGUUCUUUUCCUCUGCAGCUAUGAUGGUUGCGGAAAGACUUUUAUUGAUGCUGGGGCUUUGAGGAAACAUUCCCAUAUCCAUGGAGAGAGGCAAUAUGUUUGUCACUAUGAGGGAUGUGGAAAGAAAUUUUUGGACAGUUCAAAGUUGAAGAGGCACUUUCUCAUCCAUACUGGCGAGAGAGAUUUUGUUUGUCCCCACGAGGGCUGUGGCAAGGCAUUCUCCCUGGAUUUCAAUUUGAGAUCCCACAUGAAAACACAUUCCCAAGAAAAUUAUCACAUCUGUCCGUACCCUGACUGUGGCAAGAGAUAUGCACAUGAAUAUAAGCUUAAAAAUCAUAUUGCAUCUCACCAUGAAAAGAAUUCAGCUGAAGUGACAAAAUACACUCCUCCUGUGGAGAAGCCUGUAAAAACCCCCAAGCCUGCUGCUGCUGGAGCGUAUUCGGCAUCCUCUGACAGGCCUUAUACUUGCCCUUAUGAAGGAUGUGACAAGGCUUACAUCCACGAGUAUAAGUUGAACCUCCAUCUGAGGAGAGAACAUCCUGGUCAUUAUGCAGAAGAAGCUCCCAAGACUGCACAACCUAGCAAUGUCGACAAUGAGAUGGAUGAAGCUAGUGACCAAGAUGCGUAUGUCUCUAAACGCUCAAUUGCAAAGAACUUAAAACACAGUAAGCCUAAGCCAAAUAUAAAAUUACCUCCGUCAAAGAUGUCACAACGUAAAGGCUCUGGUGUCUCUCCAGCUCAAUUAAAUGUGGUUAAAAAACCAUGGCCAAUCAAAGAGGAGGUAUAUGAGGAAGAAGAUAGUGAAGAAACAGAAGAAGACUGUGACAAUGGUGAAGAUGGAUGGAGGUACCGGGAAAAUAACGAUGAUGACGACGAGGAGACAGAGUACGAGGAUUAACAGUGAAGGAAUCUGACAUUUCAUUACACCCUCUUUGUACUACUGAGCUCCCCGUGGUCUUUUUUUGUCACACUUCAGUUCACUACUUCACUGUAACAGAAAACAGAGUGGAAGAAUAUAGUUGUUAACUUGUUACUUUCUCCAUUUCAAAAUAGAUAGCUACACUUUCGAAAAAUAGGUGUUUCAUAUUAGAUGCAUCACUUUCUUUUUGGGAAAUAAAUCCUCUCUAUCUCUCUUCUAUUACAUUGGUCCUUAUUUUUCUUUCUCUCUAUCUCUCUUCUCUCCGAAAAUUGCCUAAAAGUCUGUGUUUUAGAAAGAGUUGUAUCUAUUUGAAACGGAGGAAGUAUUUAAUUUUUCCAUAUCUAAUAUAUUUAAGUGUUCAUCUAA